AUGCUUCAUCUGAAGCAAGGUGAUCCUGAACCGGUGGUUAAUCCAGAAAAAUUCACGCUUUAUGACCUUAAAUUUUGUCCCUUCUGCCAACGAGUUCGCUAUACUCUUGAUUAUCACCAAAUUCCCUAUGAUCGUGUUUUGGUGAAUCUCAUCAACAAACCCGAUUGGUAUCUUCGGUUACAGCCAGAGGGUAAGGUUCCACUGCUACGAUUUCGAGGAGAGCGACUCUCCGAGUCUGAUUUGGUGAUGCGCUUUGUUGACCAAUUUAAUGGCAAACCAGAAACCAGUUUGUUGGCAGUUUGCGGUGAGGAAGCCUUCCGUGACUCCUUAGCCCUUUCCGCCGAGCUGGCACGACCGCGAUUUCGAGUCGCUUACUCUCUCGACGCCUCAGCUGAUGAUGUGGACGCAUUUGUUGCCACCUGUGGCAAACUUGAGGCAGCUUUAAAACAGCCCUACCUUUAUGGUGAUAGAGUUAGCCUAGCCGACUUGGCUAUCGUGCCUUUCUUCAAUUACUGGCACUACACUAUGCAGCGCCUUACCGAUCUCAAGGCUGACACAACGGAGGAGGGCAUUUCCACCGCCUUUCCAAAGCUGCGCCAGUAUCGUGAAAUGAUGUUGUCCCAGCCAUAUGUAACCGCUACCGCCUGUGAUGAGGACGAAUACGCCAAGUUUGUCCAACUCUGGCGCGUCAAGGAUGCCAACGCGAUCUUCUAG